CCCACUGAGCCUCCGAAUCUAGAAAUAUGGAGAAUGCUAUCUGCAAAACCAGUGAAUCAGAGGAAGACUAUGGGGAGGAAGAGGAGUCAGAGGAGGAAAGUGUUAAAAGGGGCACAGGCCCCUCUAAUGCUUCGCAGCAGGGCAACACAGAGGCAGGUGGGAAUGGGGCCCCCUCUUCCACUGUCAAAAAGCUUCAGAAGAAAACGGCAGCCCCCUCUGAGCCAGAGGACUCAGAUGUGGGGAAGAAAAAGAGACGGCGGAAACGAAGGCUCUUGACUAUCAACCUGACCAAUUGCAAGUAUGAAAGUGUUCGACGAGCAGCUCAGCUCUGUGGCCUGAAGGAGGUGGGGGAGGAUGAGGAAUGGACAGUGUACUGGACUGACUGUUCUGUCUCACUGGAGCGUGUUAUGGACAUGAAGAGGUUUCAGAAAAUCAACCACUUUCCAGGAAUGACAGAAAUAUGUCGCAAAGAUCUACUAGCCCGAAAUCUCAACCGCAUGCACAAGCUCUAUCCUUCCGAGUACAACAUCUUCCCCCGGACCUGGUGCCUCCCUGCAGACUAUGGGGAUUUUCAGAACCAUGGACGUCAACGGAAAACCCGUACUUAUAUCUGUAAGCCAGACAGUGGUUGCCAGGGACGUGGCAUCUUCAUCACCCGAAAUCCUCGGGAGAUCAAACCAGGAGAGCAUAUGAUCUGUCAGCAGUACAUAUCCAAGCCCUUCCUCAUUGAUGGCUUCAAGUUCGAUAUGAGAAUCUAUGUCCUGAUCACCUCCUGUGACCCACUGCGUGUCUUCAUGUAUGAAGAAGGCUUAGCCCGCUUUGCUACCAUGCCCUACAUGGAACCCAGCAUCAGCAAUCUGGAUGAUGUCUGCAUGCACCUGACCAACUAUGCCAUCAACAAACACAAUGAGAAUUUUGUCCGAGAUGAGACUAUAGGCAGCAAGAGGAAGCUGUCAACACUCAAUACCUGGCUGAGGGACCACAGCUACGAGCCAAGAGAACUGUGGGGGGACAUCGAGGACAUCAUCAUCAAGACCAUAAUCUCCGCUCAUUCCGUCCUUCGACACAACUAUCGAACCUGCUUUCCACAAUAUUUGGGUAGUGGUACUUGUGCCUGCUUUGAGAUCCUUGGCUUUGAUAUCUUACUGGACCACAAGCUGAAGCCCUGGCUGCUAGAGGUAAAUCACUCUCCGAGCUUCACCACAGACUCAUGCCUUGACCGGGAAGUGAAGGAUGCACUUCUUGGUGAUGCCAUGAACCUUAUCAACCUACGAGGCUGUGACAAGAAGAAGGUACUAGAAGAGGAUAAGCGGAGAGUUAAGGAGAGGCUUUUCCAGUGUCAUCAGCAACCACGGGAAUCCCGGCGAGAACAAAUGGAGUCAUCAAAUGCAGCAAUGCUGGACCAGGAGAGAUAUGAGAACUCCCACCUGGGUGGCUACCGGCGUAUCUACCCUGGGCCAGACACUGAAAAGUAUGCACCCUUCUUCAAGCACAACGGCUCCCUUUUCCAGGAGACUGCUGCCUCCAAAGCAAGGGAAGAAUGUGCCAGGCAGCAACUGGAGGAGAUCCGCCUGAAGCAGGAACAGCUUGAAGCCACAGGCAACAACAAGAAGAGGAAAGAAAAUAAGGAUGUCAACCAGGGCGAAUCAGCAGGAGAGAAGAACAGGUCCAGGCUGCCAGCAGUGCAGGUGGACACCAUGCAGCCUCAAGAAAUUGUCGAAGAGGAGGAGCUGGAGCGGAUGAAGUCCCUUCUCCAAAGGGAGAAUCUUAUUCGUAGUCUGGGUAUUGUAGAUCAGCUUACGCGUAUGCUACACCCCACUCAACGAUCCCAGAACAAAUUCCCUACAAAUCGGGCUAGAUUUCACCAGGAUGGACUUGGCAACCGAGAUGUGCAGUCUGUGAAUCUCGUACCUUUGUCCCUUCUAAGAGAAGGGUCCGUCACAGAACUUGGCCCUAACUUCAUACAACCGGUCCGAACUCACACAUUCAUCCCCAACAUCCUGGGUCCACUGUCAAACAUGAGAGCAACCAUCCCCCACCCCUCCCAGUGCCAGCUGCAGCCAAAGAACCUCAACUGGUUAGGUACCUCUUCUACAGGCAGUGGUUCCUGCUCACUUACAAUGAAGAAGUCAGGCAGACGUUAUUUUUCCAGUGCUCGAGGCAAGCAUGAUAGCCAAGGCCAAACAAACAGAAGGCUGGAAGCCAUGAACCGGGCACUGGCAGGAUCAGUGCCGCCCUCCCUAACCCCAAGGCAGGGCUACCUUCUGCACCCCGAGAGAGAGGCAAGUGACUCCUGGGCUGGCUGUAGCUUGCCCUCCAUGUCGGAGUCCCGGCACCGAGCCACAACCCGCGAGCUGACGCUGUGUCCUGCCUCAGCCCCACUUCUGCAGCACCCCAACGCACUGGGUCUCCUCAACAUCAGCCACCACAGAACUCUAAAACAACAGAAGAAAGAGAUUCAAUUCCAGAAAAUCCGCAGACAGAUGGAAGCCUCAGGUGCCCCACAAAGGACCCUGAGUAGAAAUGCCAUGGAGCAGAUCCGGUAUUUACACAAGGAAUUCUCUGAGGACUGGUCAGUUCCCAGAUUAGCUGAAGGCUUUGGAGUCAGCACUGAUGUGAUCAGAAGGGUUUUAAAGAGUGUGGCCCGCAUAUUAACCCACGAGGCGGGAGUUACGGACAUCACGGUGCUGCAGGCUGCCUUGCUUCACGACACUGUGGAAGACACAAACACCACCUUGGAGGAGGUGGAGGAACAUUUUGGGCCAGAGGUGAGGCGCAUCGUGGAUGAAGUGACAGAUAACAAGGCGCUGCCCAAGCUGGAGCGAAAACGACUGCAGGUGGAGAACGCUGCGCACAGCAGCCGGGGUGCCAAGCUGGUGAAACUGGCAGAUAAGUUGUACAACCUUCGGGACCUAAACCGUUGCACCCCCAAAGGAUGGUCUGAACAAAGGGUUCAGGAGUACUUUGAGUGGGCAGCACAAGUGGUAAAGGGCCUUCAAGGCACCAGCCCCCAGAUGGAAGGGGCACUGCAGAAACUAUUCCUAGAACGAGGAUUGUCGAUGUGAGCAGCAGGAAGAAACUGGAAACGUUGUCAAGACUUCAGCCAUAUAUAGGCCAAGAAGAGGAUUGGAAAAUCUGUUCUGAAAUUUGUUUUUGUUACAAUAUUGACGUCCCCAAGGCAUAGUGAUACCUUUAACAGAAGAUGACAAACAAGGAAGGACUCCUGUUUUCCUUCCUGCUACCUGAGCUAAACACUGAUUUGUGAAAAUUAAAUUAGAAUGUUUUUUAUUUCUAAUGUAACUCUAUAAUACACAGUGACCUUGGAGACUGCUUCUCUGGGUCUGUGUGCAUCUUUCUAAAAUGGGUUCACCAAUCAUACUGGAAAUAUUAAAACACUGAUUUUUGUGUGUGAUUUCUUUUAUAAAUCCACUGAAAAUAAAAAAGGCCUGCAGAAAUACUUAUAA